AUUGCUUUAUUUUUUUGUUUUUCAGAUGAAACCGUGAUGAAGCUCUUCUUUGUCGUCGCAGUGUUGGUUUUAGAGAUCGGCUUGUCCAGUGUUGUUGCAGGCAGUGUUUUAGUGUUUGUGACGGAGGGAGAUUCAGUAACUUUAUACACUUUUGUUGUAACAAACCAACACGAAAAGAUUAAAUGGUAUUUUAACGACACCCGCAUCGCGCAAAUCAGCGACUAUCUCAGUAAGACCUGCACGGAUGUUCAGUGUAAUGAAGGCACUGAGAGAUUCAGAGACAGACUGGAGCUGGAUCCUCAGACUGGAUCUCUGACCAUCAUGAACAUCACAAACACAGACUCUGGAGAAUAUAAACUACAGAUCAUCAGCAGGAACAGCAUGAUUGAAAAGAUCAUUCGAGUCGAUGUCCAGAUGAUGGAUCAAAUGAAAACCAAGUCACUGAAAGAGGGGGAAUCUGUCACUUUACACCCUGGUAUCCGAAAGAGCACAAAUGAUUUGAUGACGUGGUAUUUCAAUGCUGAAAUCGCUAGAGAUCCCAUCGAGAUCUCUACAGGUGAUGAGUUCAAGGAUGCUGAUGGGAGGUUCAGAGACAGACUGGAGCUGGAUCCUCAGACUGGAUCUCUGACCAUCACGAACACCAGAACCACAGACUCUGGAGUUUAUCAUCUAGAGAUCCUCACCAACAGCAGCAGGAUCCUUCGUCAAUACAGCAUCAGAGUCAUCAGCGAGAAGAGCCUUAGCGGGACCGACUCUAGUAGGAUUGUGAUUCUUGUUAUGGUAUGUGUUGGAUUUGUUCUGGGCGUUGUGUAACAGGAUACUGGUGUCUGUUCCGAGGGUCUUAAAAUAUUCAAACAGCAAACAGUGCUCUGUAAUUGCUCAGCAGGCGUUAUGAGCAAUUGGGUCAUUUACGGUACAAAUGUAAAAUUAAAUGUAAAAACGUUUAACUGCUGUAAGCCUGUUAAGUUUUCUUAUUAUAUGCGACCACAAAACCAGUUGUAAGUUCCACAUGCAUAUUUGUAGCAAUAGCCAAAAAUACACUGUAUGGGUAAAAAAAAAAUAAUAUUGAAAUGGAAACUGGUUUGUCAUUCACACCAUAUUUUAUAUA